GGGACCUUGCGUGCAGUGCGUGGGAGUAGGACUUCGGUCGCGUCAUGGCACCCAACUUUCAUUGGACGGCAGGAGUCCCGUGCCUCCCGUGAGAUGGGCGUGCUGCCCUCCGCGCUGCCCCGGGAGCGUGUCGGAGCUGUGACGUGCCUGUCCGCCACCAGGCGGCGUGGUCUGUCCUGGAGGCCCAGCUCAAACCUCUGUCUCUCCCCCCGCAUCAGGAGCUGAAUCUGCCCGGGAGAGACCGAGGAAGAUGGCGGCCACUGACCGUUCCCGGUCCGAAGCAGCAAAGCAACGGCGGCAGGACCAGCUGCAAAGAUGGCACGGCUCCGAGACCGACCUCGCGGACCCCGAGACGCGGGGGUCCACGGUGGGAAGCCGGUCCCGGCCUGGCGCCAGAGUGCGGUUCAACCAGGGGGCCGUGUUUAUGGCUGCCUGCUCGGCCGGGGACCGGGAGGAGGUGGCAGCUCUGCUCAGGCAAGGAGCUGAUAUCAACCACGCAAACAUAGACGGAUUGACGGCGCUUCAUCAGGCCUGUAUAGAUGAGAAUGCAGAGAUGGUGGAGUUCCUGGUGGAGAGCGGAAGCGAUGUCAACCGGGGGGACAAUGAGGGCUGGACACCGCUACACGCUACGGCCUCGUGUGGAUUCAUUCAGAUAGCCAAGUACUUGAUUGAACACAGCGCACACGUUGGGGCGGCCAACAGUGAGGGAGAACUUCCUCUGGAUGUGGCCACAGAAGAAGCCAUGAAGAGACUGCUGAAGGCUGAGAUUAAAAAACAAGGUGUAGACGUGGAGCGUGCGCGUGGCGAGGAGGAGCGUGUGAUGCUUCAGGACGCCAUGGCGGUGUUGGCUGGCUCCGGCUCGCUGGCUCCACACCCCAACACCCAGGCCACCGCCCUGCACGUGGCCGCCACCAAGGGCUACAGCCAGGUGCUCAAGGUCCUGCUGCAGUGUGGGAUGGAUGUAGACGCUCGAGACAUAGACGGCUGGACUCCUCUGCACGCCGCUGCCCACUGGGGCCAGGAGGAGGCCUCUACUCUACUGGCAGAACACAUGUGUGACAUGACCGCCGCCAACAUCGUGGGCCAGACCCCAGUAGAUGUGGCGGAUGAGAAUCUGGUGGACUGCCUUGAGGAGCUGCAGAAGAAACAGAAUAUUCUCCGCAUUGAACAGAAGAAAUUGUCUCAGCCACCUGUCAUAGAGACUAGUCCUCCAAUCGCCAUUGCACCCGUACGGCCACGCAGGACGUCCAUCUCUCGUAUGAGCAGCAAGGAGAAGAUCUGUCUUCACGAGCGGGAGCGCCACGCCCCCCCAGCCCUGCAGAUCCCGCCUGCCGAGGAGGAGGAGGAGGAGCCUAAUCCGGAGACACGCAACCCGUCACAGUCAGCCUCCAGCAAAGCCUCCAGCAGCUCCAGCUCUGAAGAGGAGAGCGAAUCAGAGAGCGACGUGGAGUCAGAGAAAGCGAAAACACGAGAGAUCAUCAACAACCUGAACAACAAGCGCAACAGCUCCGUUCCCAUAGCAACCUCCCCGGCCACUGGCACCACAGGCAACCAGGUGAAGAAGGUGGACCCCGUGGUGAAGUCCUCUGGUUCUGAUGCCCCCGGCUCCUGGCGGACCUCCCUGCGGAAGGCGGGCAGUUCUGGGGCUCUGGGGUCAGUGGGGGCCUCCGACCCGUCCGAACCCUCUGAAGGGGGGGGCACCGCGGCCCCCAGGGGCACACCGAGCGUGCUGGGGGGCAUGACCCGCUCCGCAUCCAGCCCCCGCCUCAGCUCCGAGGCAGACAAUAAGGAGCCCAGGUUGGCACGUGUGCCCCCAACCCAGACCAGACGCCUCGUCAGCAUCUCUGACAACAACCAAGACAACUCCAGCAGCUGGUUGCUUCGUAGCUCCUCAUACACACGCCGUCUGAACAGCCAGUCUGCAGCUGACGUGACCAGUUCCAACCCCUACUUACCUCGCAGUUCUUCUUAUGGGCGGAGACUAGAUGAGGCGGCGGUAACCACGGGAACAACCUCAACCGGACUCAGUCGUCUCACCAGUCUAGUGGCUCAGAGACAAGCUCAGGAACAGGCGGAAAAGAAGGAGCCAGGUACAACCUCAAACUCCGUUACCACGGCGACAACGACGACUGGGGAGCCAGAGAGCAAGCAGAGGCGCAAGUCAUAUCUGACUCCAGUUCGUGAUGAAGAGGCUGAGGCUCAGAGGAAAGCUCGCUCUCGGCAUGCACGCCAGUCCCGCCGCUCAACUCAGGGUGUCACACUCACAGACCUGCAGGAGGCUGAGAAUGCCAUGAACAGAGGGAAGGAGAAGAAGAGGGAGGAAGAGGAGAGAGAAGGGAAGAAGAGAGAAGAGGAGAAGAGAGAAGAGGAGGAGAGAGAAGAGAAGAAGAAAGAGGAGGAGGAGAGAGAAGGGAAGCAGAAGAAGGUAGAAGAAGGGGUGAGGACGAAUACAGCUCUUAACGAGGUGACCUGGAGGUCUCGUAUCGCUAACCUGCAGAAGUCCGAUCUUCUGGGCCUCACCAAUCCAGCGGGAGCCGUGCGUCCAGAGAGAAGAGAUCCUGAGUCUCUGAUGGCUGAUCUGGACGAACGAGGGAUCAGGGAGCGGAGGCGAGCAAGAGCCCAGAGACGAGCGAGAGCAGGAGAGAACUUUGACCAUGAGCUGAGUGGAGAGGAAGGAAACGGGCAGGACCCACAGACGGACCGGCAAACGAGCGACAGGUCUCACCAGUCUUUCAAUGACUGUAACGUAGGAAGAGGAUCAGAAACAAAGGACUACAAGAAGUUGUUUGAUGAUCUGUCUCGGGAGAACACUGUUCUUCAGUCCCAGCUGCAGGACACCCAGAGGACCGUCACCCAGACCAGAAUGGACCUGGACAAAGCCACACAGAGACAGGACCGCUUCAGUGACUGUUCCGCCCUCCUGGAGAUGGAGAAGAAGGAGAGGAGGAUGUUGGAACGUCGUGUGGCAGAAUUGGAGGAGGAGCUAAAAGUGCUGGGGGAUUUAAGAGCAGAUAACCAGCGGCUGAAGGAUGAGAACGGCGCUCUCAUCCGGGUCAUCAGCAAACUUUCCAAAUAGACGGGGAGAUCGAGGGAGAGGAAGAACGACAGAAGAAAUAAAAAAGAAAGA